AUGAAUAUCUCAUGUUCAAAUGAUCCAAGUGGUUACCGCAAAUGGGUAACUAAGAAUAAUUUGCAGAUCCAAAAUACUGUAAUGAAAAGAGGUGGCUUUGUUGGUGGGUUAGUCAAUGAAGGUAAUACUUGUUUUAUGAACUCCGUUUUACAAUCAUUAGCCUCUUCUCAUGAAAUAGUUCGAUUUUUGGAUGAAGAGAUUAUUAAACAAUUUAAACAAAAACAACUACAAGAAUUGGAGGAGUUGCAUAAAAAAAGUGACAGUGCGCAUAAUCAUCAUAAUCAUCAGCAGGAUGAUAAAAAAUCCAAAAAUAAGAGUUAUGGUAAGAGGAAAAAGAAAUUAACUAAAACUAAUGAUGAUGAUAUGUCUACUGAUGUAUCAUUUAGUAUUUCUCUAAAGGAUUUGUUAGAUAAAUUAAAUGAUAAAUAUUAUAGAGAAAGAAAGUAUUACAGAACUAAUAAUUUACUAAAAACGAUGUCAAAAGCUCCAAAUAAGAACAUUAUACUAGGCUAUGAACAGGAAGAUGCUCAAGAAUUCUUCCAAACUAUUUUGUACGAAUUAGAAAAAAAUAUUAAAUUUUUAGAUUCAGAUCGUGAAAAAUUGGACAAAAAACCAAUUCCAGAAAGUGACUUACCAUCAAAUGCAUUAAUUGGACAAAACAAUUUGUCACAUGUUGGUACAGUUUACAUCCCAACAGCUCAUCUUGACCCAAACUCUUUACUAGAUAAAGAUCCAUCAACCAAUUACUUUACACCUUUUAGAUUGGUAACCCCAUUAGAUGGGAUUGUUGCUGAAAGAAUUGGUUGUUUAAACUGUGGUGAAACUGGUGGUAUUAGAUAUUCUGUUUCUUCUGGCUUAAGUUUAAACUUGCCAAGUGAAAACAUUGGAGACACUUUAAAAUUAUCGCAAUUGCUAAAUGAAUGGUGUAAACCUGAAAUUAUCGAAGGCGUGAAUUGUUAUAGAUGUUCAUUAAAUGCUGUAUUAGAACAUUUAGAAAACCAAUUAAAGACUAUGUCAGAAAAACCUAAAGGCUCCAUUCCAGACAAAUUAAUUUCUGCUAUAAAGACUCGAAUUAAGGCACUAAAUGAAACUUUAUCUAAACCAGUGAUUGAUGAUGAAGAAUAUAAGAAAAUGCAUACUGAUAAUAUGGUUCGUAAAUCAUCUAAAUCGAAGCAAAUUAUUUUGGCAAGGCCCCCACCCUUAUUAUCAAUCCAUAUUAAUAGAUCUGUAUUUGAUACAAGAACUUUUAUGAUUAAGAAGAAUAAUUCAAGACUGGCUUUUAAGGCAAGAUUAAAUUUAAAGCCUUGGUGUUGUGAUGUUAAUGAUAUUAAUUUAGAUGCCCGUCUACCAAUGUCAAAAACUCAAAAGAGUGAAGAAGAUGGCUCAAUUUCAAGUGAAGAUGAAACUGUUGGUGGUGAAUAUUAUGCAAAAUUGCAUGAUAAAUUCCAAAAAGAAUUCGAAGAUAGUGAUGAAGAACAAGAAGAUGGUAUGAGUGACUAUAGUGAUUACAAUAUGCGUUCUAAUAGGGAUGUAGAUAAUUAUGAUCCAUUAAAUGAAGAUACAGAACACGAUGAAAUUCGUGAAACUGUUUCAACAACUGACAGUGAAGAUGAAUAUAUUGAAGAAACUGAUAAAUUAGGUAAUACAAUUAGAAUUCCUAAAAGUAAAGAAUCUGAAAACCAUCACCAUAUCAAGAGAACAAUAGUUGAAUCAAAUGAUGAAAGUGAAGAAUUAGAAGUAGAAUAUGAAAUGGACCUUAACAGUAGUAGCACUAAUGAAUCUCAUACUGAAAAGUUUAAAGGAGGUUCAGGAAACGUAGCUUCCUCCAAUGGUGUAAAUGUUCUUCCAAAUAGUGAUAGUAGUGAAGAGGAAGAAGCAAAUGGCCAUAACGAAAAUGUUACUUAUAGUAGUAGUAGUGACGGUGAUGACGAUGAAGAUGAUGACUUACCUCCACCACCACCAUUAUCGUUAGCCCCAACAUACUCUACAAAAGUCCCAACUGGCCCCUUAACAUAUGAAUUAAGAUCUGUGAUUGUUCAUUAUGGUACCCAUAAUUAUGGUCAUUAUAUUGCAUUUAGAAAAUAUAGAGGCACAUGGUGGAGAAUAUCGGACGAAACAGUCCAUAUGGUUGACGAAGCUGAAGUAUUAUCUACACCAAGUGUCUUCAUGUUAUUUUAUGAAUAUGAUUUUGAUGAAAAGAGUGGAAUGAUGAAAGAUGAUUUAGAGAAACAUGAAUAUGAAGAAGAAGAAUUUGACGUUGGAACUGAAAGCGAUGAAAGCAGUGAUGAACUAGGAAUGAAUGAACAUUUGCCUGCAACUAAUGAAGACGAUUUAAACGAAUUAGAAGUGGAAUUAACUGAAGAGGCUAAUGAAAGAAUCGGCCAAGGAUUGGAAAAUAUAAAGGAUGAAAAAACCAUUGGGGAAUAUCAAGAUGCUAGCAAUAAUGUAUUUAAUGGUAAUAAACAUCUUAUCUAA